AUGGACUCAUCCUCAAAGUCUCAAACCAAGCCUGUUCUUGUGAAGUAUACCAUGGGUCCUAUUCAAAUUAGCAGCACGGGAACAAGGCAGCUGUCAGUGAGUCUGAGGUGUGUCUUGGCUGUAGUGAGUCCAUAUAAGCCCGGGUCCAGAGGCCCCAUUAGGAUUCACCCUAGACCAUAUGAGUUUGCGAAGGACCCACGGAUAAGGACUCUGCACUCAGUAACCAGGCUACAUCUCAGGCCAUCUUUUUCCAUCACAAAUGAGUUCAUCUUAAGAUUCAAUCAAACACAGGAUCCAGCAGAAGAGGAAGAAUUGUUGGAACAAGCUAGAAAAUAUAUUCUCAGAUGCAAGAGAAAACUGGGUCUCAAAACACUGGGCUCCGGGAGGCAUGUGCACCUUCCUACUGCAUGGACUGAAGUAAUAUACUUGGCUCAAUGCAAAGGAAAAAUCCAAGAUGAAGCUUUAAAUAUGCUUUAUGCGUCCCUGGAUCAUGCUUCCUUUGGUUAUGAUCAACUGCCUGCCUUAUUUUUUGUUGCGGAAUCAAUUUUAUAUAGACUCUGUUGUGAUGCAUUCAAGAAGACAUUUUUGUAUUCUGUUGAAAUAAAGCUGACAAAGAUUGGCUAUUUGAUCUUCUUACGACUUUUUGUAUUUUUCCUGCACGGCCACCUAGAAAGUUUUAAAGAACAUUUACUUAGGCUUCACCCAUAUUUGUAUGCACUUUCUUCCUCUGAAGAGCUAUAUCACAAGUAUCCAAACAUCUUUUCAAAUGUUCAAUUCAUCCUGAAAACAUCGGAAAUUAUGUGGAAGAGAGAACUCCUGUCUGAGUCAGUUUUUAUUCCUGUGGAAAAUGAGGAAGACUUUGGGAAAAUAAAUUCUGAUACGGAACAUUUGCAAUUUAAUCUGGGAGGAUAUAAAGUCAGCCACCUGCUCUGGCAUUGUGUCGCUGCUUGGUCUUGUGUUCAGAAUAAUAGUCCUCAGUUGAGCAAGGUGCUCAAACAUCUCAUCUCCCAUAAAAUGCAGCUUCAAAAGGAGUGCUGGUUGGAUUCAGCAUUGGCUUUGUUGGUCAUUGGGGAGGCUGCCAAAUUAAACAUGGCCUGCUUGAAAACUUUAAUGGACCUAGUGACAGAUUUUCUUUCAAGCAUUUUGUCCAUUCAGAUUCAGGGAGAAUGUUGCAACGUACAUGAUUUUUCCUGGUACUGGAUUAUAGUCUAUACAUACACAACAAUCAUUGCAGAAAUCUGCUUGUAUGCAGUCACUUCUGAUUUGCGAAAAACUGCUUUUAUUGGAUUCUGUGACUGUAAAAGUUCACGAAAAAAAAAUUCACUCAUGAGCACUUCAGAAGAGCAGGCAGAAUUACAGGAAGCAAGUAUUUUAAGCCUUUUUGAAUAUUUCUCUUCAAAAAUAUCGGAUAAUUGUGAUCAAGUGGUCUGGAUUGGAUACUAUGGUUUAGUGUAUAAUCUGGUAAAAAUGUCAUGGGAACUUCAGGGUGAUGAGGAACAGUAUGGACUUAGAAACAUGAUAUGGCAAACAUUACAAAAAACAAAGGACUAUGAGAAAGAUACACGAAUUCAAAAUGCAAUAAAUAUAGCACAGGCUGAAUUAAAUGACCCAACUGAUCCUUUCACUAGAUACAGUACAAAAGUUCCACCACAUGUGGGGGAAGAAGUUUUCUCUAAAUAUAUUGGAUGGAGAAUUGCUAACACACUUUCCAAACUACUCUUUCCUUCUCUUGAUGCCAUGUCGUUACUUUGA